AUGAUCCUCAACUAGCCGAGGAUCAGCUCUCUGAUGUCCUGGCAGGAAGAAGAGACGAUGGAUGGCAGGACUGGCCCUGAGCAGAAGAGAGACUGUGCCACUUCAGGGCACAGCCAGCGCCUUAAGUUGGAGCCCUGCUUCCAGAGUGACUCUCUCUUGCCUUCCCCCAGCACACCCCUGAUAUCGCAGCUUCUCAGCCACCCCAUAGUUGGAAGGAGCCUGGAUCCCACCAUCCUUUUCCCCUCCUCUCAGGCAGUGACCCUGCCUCCGGAAUACGAGUGUGGUGCAUCUCCUGGAGAAGGAGCACAAGCCCUGGCUUUCCCCAGGACCUGUGCCCCAGCUCCCAUGCCCUGUGCUGGCGACAGGGACCAGCUCUCUGACCAGCACCUAUGGGACCAGAUCUCUGAACAGCACCUACAAGCCAAGCGGGCCAGGGUGGAGAGCAUCAUCCAAGGCAUGAGCCUCCCCCCAACCCCUCAGGCAUUUGGCACUAGCCUGGAGGCAGCUUUUCGGCAGGAGAGGGAGAGGGGUCGUGAGGUGCCCUGGGAGAGCAAGAGGAAGCCAAGGGUGCCCCAGCAGGGUGCAGGGGCAGCCAAGCGAGUGGCCCCCUCGGGGGGCAGCCCCCAUGCUGAGGGCUGCCAGCAGCUGAAGGAGCAGCUCUGCCUCUUGGAGCAGCAGCUGAGAAGGCUUCAGGAGAAAUUCUCCCAGGUCUGUGACUCUGCGGACACUGCCCAAACCCAGGAAGGUUCCAAGAAAGUGCAUCCAUUGCCUGGAAAUCCUGGAGACAGACUGGACAAGGACAGUGCCACCACCACCAGUGACCCAUGCAAAGCGCCUCUUUGGAGGAGCAUCCUGGAGGCGCAGGGGCCAGAGAAGGAUGAGGACAGAGAUGCCACAGGUGGCCUGCCCUCUGCAGCAAGGGCUCUGUCACAAGCACUGAAGCAUGAACUGGCUGAGGUGAUGUCCCGGGUGGUGGACUCUGUUCUGCAGACUGCCUGGCCAAAGGCAGUCAGCCACUUCCUGCAGCAGCACCGCAGAUUCCCAGUGCCAGGGCCAGAUGCCAGGAGAGAGCAUUUUGCUGCUGCGAGAUGCAGAAAGCCACUUGCUAAACCAUCUCCCAGAAACACAUCGGGUGCGUUGGGUUCACCCGAGGCUGAGGCCCCAUCAGGAGCUCCAGUGAAGAGCCUGGGCUCUCAUGCUGGCUCCUUCAGUUCAAAAGGGGUGAGAAAAAACCCUCGGGCUCCCAGCAUGAGCUAUCCACUGGGCUUGGCUGCCCCCAUCCAGGACAGCCAGGUGCUGAGCCAGCUGCUGGGCUAUGGCCAGCAUGGCCUCUGGAGAAGCAGCUCUCACGGGAGCCCCUCUUCUCUGGAGAGGGGUCCUCUGGAGCCCCUCAACCUGCACUGGGGAACAGUCAAACUGAGGUCAUCGGUCCUGAGACAGCAGCAGCCCCUGAGCCCUGCUGGCAUGGAGGGCCUGGCACUGCUGCCGGCUGGCAGGGAUGGCUGUGGAGAGCUGCAGGCUGCGGUGGACAGGGCACCCUUCACCUCCACACAUAUAUCCUUUGGGGGCAGCUGGAGAGGUCCCUGGGCUUGGGCAUGCUUCCCUUGUCCUCCAGACCCAGAGCUCAGCACAACCCUGCCUGGACGCCCCAGGGCCAGUGUCUCCGCUGCUCCACAGGGGGCUAAAAUGGGGUGGGCAGGAAAGGGGUCCUGA